AUGGACGAUGACGAAGAGGACGUGAAUGACGAGGAACAGGGUGAUGAGGAGAAUGAAGCCGAUUUACUGAAUUUGAAUGAUGAAGAUCUCAAAGAUUUGGAACGUGAAAUGGAUGAGUUACGUCAGGAAGAAGAUGAAGAGGAAGCAGAACAAAGUGAUAAACCCCGUAAGAAGUAUCCUAAAUCGGCUGUUGACGAUAAGUUCUUUAGUCUUGCUGAAAUGGCUGCUUUUCUUGACGAACAGGAUCGUAUGGAGGGAACUGGUCCAAGCGUAUUGGACAGUGUUGACGAUUCUGAGACGGCACCAGCUGAUUAUCGUUAUGAAGACUUUUUCGGUCGUGAAGACACAAUCGAAGAGAGUGAGUCAGCGAAUCAGAAAGAGCGAAAGAAGAAGCGCAAUGUUGCUGAGAAGGAAUCGCGUAAGAAGAAGUCCGUACGAUUUGCAAUGGAUGAGGAACAGGCGGAGAAGGAAGUAGAAAACGAUGAGUCAGUACAUGAAGACGACAAUGAAACCGAACAAGGACCGGUACUACUAGGUGAACAGGAGGAAGCGGAACAACCUCAAACUAGUCUCAAGAAAAGUCUGAAACGGUUGAAACAAACGAUAGCCAAAUUGGAGCAAGAAAAUCUCGCACCACGGUCAUGGCAAUUGAGCGGUGAAGUCACGGCUCAACAACGUGAAGAAAACGAAUUGCUCGAAACGCACGUACAAUUUGAUCACGGCGCUAAGAAAGCACCCGAGAUAACAGAAGUGUUCACGGAAAAGUUGGAAGAUUUAAUCAAACAGCGCAUCAAAGAUAAGGCGUUUGAUGAUGUUGUUCGUAAGAAGCGAGUGGAAGAGCGCACUGAACCGUACAGGAAUCAAGCGAUAGAGGAACAGGAAAUUGUUAAAACUUCACUAGCAGAGGUUUAUGAGAAGGAGUACCAGAAAGCGGCUGGGGAAGCUGCUGCGCCUAAUACAGUGAACGAAGAGCAUGUUGCUAUAGAGAAACGAAUGCGUGAACUCUUUCGACUUAUUGAUGCGUUGUCCAACUUUGACUACACUCCCCCUGAAAAAGAUGGUACACACAUUGUGCAGUCGGAUCCAUCAGCAGAGGUUGUGGAAAUGUUCGCAUCAUCCAUCGGUGCCAGAUCGCAAUCAGCGCGCACUUACUUGGAGAGGCACUUGGACAAAUUUAGGGAAGCUAGUGCCGAUGAUUUAAUUCGACAUGCUCUUCUGGCUCUGAGAGACACCUUGCCUGCGGAGGAGAAUUUGACGAGUCAGGUACGGAGUUGUGUAGUACUCUGA